CAUUCAUACAUGUGUGCUUUGACACUUCAUUUUCCAUGACAUUCCGAAAAUCGGCAUGAAAGCAAGAGUUUUUUUUGGCGAAUGGAGCAUAUUGUCACGAAUCCUAUUCAAAUUAAAUAAUAAGGCUGUAAUAAUUUGGGUAGUAAGUGACUUACUUAUUUAGUGUAUAACUACAUUUGCAUUCUACAUUCGUAAUCAAGUCAAAGUGUGUUCUUGAUAAUGUUGCGUACAUUUGUAACCACCGCGGGACGACUAUCACAACAACACCAUCAAUCUUUGUUGCUCCGGAAUGGACGUCAGUUGAUACAGCAAAGUCGCACCAAAGCAUCCACUCCCAUGAAUACAAUAGUCAUGUUUGUGCCACAACAGGAGGCAUGGAUCGUAGAGCGUAUGGGUCGUUUCCAUAGAAUUAUGGAACCCGGUCUCAAUAUACUGGUGCCGUUCAUUGAUAAAAUCAAGUAUGUACAAAGUCUGAAGGAAAUAGCAAUAGAUGUGCCCAAACAGAGUGCCAUCACUUCGGACAAUGUGACACUGAGCAUAGAUGGCGUUUUGUACUUGCGUAUCAUCGAUCCUUAUCGCGCUUCCUAUGGUGUUGAAGACCCAGAAUUUGCGAUAACACAACUGGCGCAGACUACUAUGCGUUCCGAAUUGGGUAAAAUGUCACUGGAUAAGGUGUUCCGUGAGCGUGAAUCUCUCAAUGUAAGCAUAGUGGACUCGAUCAACAAAGCAAGUGAGGCGUGGGGUAUUGCAUGUUUACGUUAUGAAAUUCGUGACAUACGUUUGCCAUCACGUGUACAUGAAGCUAUGCAAAUGCAGGUGGAGGCAGAACGACGUAAGCGUGCGGCUAUACUGGAGUCGGAAGGUAGUCGUGAAGCCGAAAUCAAUAUUGCUGAAGGUAAAAGAAAAUCCCGUAUACUUGCUUCCGAAGCCGAAAGACAGGAGCAAAUUAAUAAGGCGAGUGGUGAAGCGGCUGCUAUGUUAGCGGUUGCCGAUGCACGUGCCCGUGGAUUACAGACUGUAGCAAAAGCAUUGCAAGAUUUAGAUGGCAAGAAUGCAGCCUCUCUAACUUUGGCUGAACAGUACAUUGAUGCGUUUAGAAAUUUAGCGAAAACAAAUAACACACUCAUACUGCCAUCGAAUCCUAGCGAUGUAACCGCACUCGUCACACAAGCUUUAAGUGUUUAUCAAACGAUUUCAAAUAAUAAUAUUGGCAAUGUAAAGAAUUUGCGUACUGUAAACGGUUUGGUGGAGAAUAGUAUUGAUGAACAUAAAUGUAAACAGGAUAAGAAAAUGGAAAUUGAAUAAUUUGCGAAACGAUGAAGUGAACUAUGAAUUGGAAUAAAAUUGCAAUUUAUAUGUUGUUUA